AUGGUUUUAAUGACAAUGUCUCAAACAGGUGUAUCUGCUUCUGAAAAUGGGGAUGAUGAUGAUCAAUGGGCUGCUGUUGAGAGACUACCAACAUUUGAAAGGAUCACUACUGCUUUGUUCUGCAAAACAGAUGAACAAGGGGAGAGAAGAGCGAGAGGACAACUCAUGGAUGUCUCUAAGCUUGAUCAGGCUCAUGAUAGACAUGUUUUUAUCGAUGAGCUCAUUAGACAUGUUGAGAUUGAUAAUCUCCGCUUGUUGCAGACCAUAAAGAAGAGAAUCGACGAGGUUGGGAUCGAGUUACCAAAGAUUGAAGUGAGGUUCAGUGAUCUUUUUGUUGAAGCAGAGUGUGAGGUAGUCUAUGGGAAGCCGAUCCCAACUCUUUGGAAUGCUAUCGCAAGCAGAUUAUCUAGAUUCAUGUGUUCAAAGCAAGAAAAGAAGAUAAGCAUCUUGAAAGGCGUCAGCGGCAUCAUAAGGCCUAAAAGAAUGACUUUGUUGCUUGGUCCUCCUGGUUGUGGUAAAACUACUCUGCUACUCGCAUUAUCUGGAAGACUCGACCCUUAUUUAACGACUAGAGGAGAAGUACGUUACAACGGUCAUCUAUUCUCUGAGUUUGUUCCUGAGAAAACAUCGAGUUAUGUGAGUCAAAACGAUCUGCACAUUCCAGAGCUUAGUGUGAGAGAGACACUCGACUUUUCGGGAUGUUUCCAAGGCACAGGAAACCGUUUAGAAAUGAUGAAAGAGAUAACUAGAAGGGAGAAACUUGAAGGAAUAGUUCCAGAUCCUGAUAUAGAUGCAUACAUGAAGGCAGCUUCAGUUAAAGGUUCAAAAACUAAUCUGCAAACCGACUAUAUCCUAAAGAUCCUAGGACUCGAUAUCUGUGCAGAUACACGUGUUGGAGAUGCUUCAAGACCAGGAAUAUCCGGCGGCCAAAAGAGAAGGUUAACUACAGGUGAGAUGAUUGUUGGUCCAAUUAAAAAUCUAUUCAUGGAUGAAAUAUCGAAUGGUUUGGACAGCUCAACGACAUUCCAGAUUCUAUCAUUUUUCCAACAGUUUGUACUUCUAUCUGAAGGAACCAUACUGGUUUCACUGCUUCAGCCUGCACCAGAAACGUUUGAGCUUUUCGAUGACGUGAUUCUUAUGGGAGAAGGAGAGAUAAUCUAUCAAGGUCCACGGGAUUUCAUAUGUAGAUUCUUUGAGGAUUGUGGAUUUAAAUGUCCAAAUAGGAAAUCUGUUGCUGAAUUCUUGCAGGAGGUUAUCUCAAGGAAAGAUCAAGAACAGUAUUGGUGUCACAAUGACAAACCAUACUGUUAUGUCUCCGUUGACUCAUUCAUAGAGAGAUUUAAAAAGUCUGAUCUUGGGUUACAACUACAAGAAGAAGUCUCUGAGAGCUAUGAAAAGUGUCAGAGUCAAAAGGAUGCACUGUGCUUUAGAAAAUACUCACUCAGUAACUGGGAGAUGCUAAAAGCUUGCUCAAGGAGAGAGUUUCUUCUGAUGAAACGAAACUCUUUCGUUUACAUAUUCAAAUCUGGACUCUUAAUUUGCAUUGGAUUUAUUGCAAUGACUGUUUACCUAAGGACUGGGUCUACAAGAGAUGCUCUUCAUGCUAAUUAUCUUAUGGCCUCCAUGCCUGCGUGGCUUGAAUGGGGAUUCUGGUUUUCUCCACUGUCAUAUGCUGAGAUUGGUCUAACCGCAAAUGAGUUUUUCUCUCCACGGUGGAGAAAGAGGUCUCGUGGGAUUGUUUCUCGUGAGAAGAACACUCAAUGUUCAGAAAGAGGUGGUUCUAAAACUGGUUCCCAAUUAAAAAAUGCAUUGCCUUUCGAGCCACUAACUUUCACAUUCCAAGACGUGCGAUAUUUCAUCGAGACCCAUGAGGAGAAGAAGCUGCAGCUUCUCUCUGGAGUUACAGGAGCAUUCAAGCCCGGUGUCCUCACUGCUCUAAUGGGUGUGAGUGGCGCUGGUAAAACGACUCUGCUUGAUGUUCUCUCUGGAAGGAAAACCCGCGGUGACAUUAAAGGACAGAUCCACGUAGGCGGUUACCUUAAGGCUCAAGAAAAAUUCGCACGUGUCUCAGGUUAUUGCGAACAGUUUGACAUUCAUUCUCCGAAUGUAACUGUUGAAGAGUCCUUAGAAUACUCUGCUUGGCUUCGACUACCUUCUGAUGUUAAUCCAGAAACAAAGCGCGCAAUAGUCAAGGAUGUUCUUGAGACGAUAGAGCUCGAGGAGAUUAAAGAUUCUAUAGUGGGACUUCCUGGAAUUAGCGGUUUAACAACAGAACAACGAAAGAGACUAACAAUAGCUGUGGAGCUUGUUGCCAAUCCUUCAAUCAUAUUUAUGGAUGAACCAACCACAGGUUUAGAUGCAAGAGCUGCUGCAAUUGUAAUGAGAGCCGUGAAAAACAUUACCGAAACUGGCAGAACCGUUGUCUGCACGAUUCACCAGCCGGGCAUAGAUAUCUUCGAAGCAUUUGAUGAGCUGAUUCUGAUGAAAAAUGGAGGAAAGAUUAUCUAUAAUGGACCUCUUGGACAGCGUUCAAGCAAAGUUAUUGAAUACUUUCUGAGCAUUCCUGAAGUUCCAAAAAUGAAAGAGAACACUAAUCCAGCCACUUGGCUACUAGACAUUACUUCGAAAUCAUCUGAAGACAAACUUGGUGUUGAUUUGGCACAAAUGUACAACGAAUCAGAUUUGUUUAAGGAGAACAACAUACUUAUUGAGGAAAUGAGGUUUACAUCUUUGGGAUCAGAAAGAUUAAUCUCCUCUUCGCGAUAUGCUCAAACCGGGUGGGAACAAUUCAAAGCAUGCCUCUGGAAACAACAUCUUUCUUAUUGGAGGAACCCUUCAUACAAUCUCACUCGCAUCAUCUUCAUGUGCCUCACUUCUAUGCUCUGCGGCAUUCUCUUCUGGCAAAAAGCUAAGGAAAUAAACAAUCAGCAAGAUCUAUUCAACAUAUUUGGCUCAAUGUUCACUGUGGUUCUCUUCUCUGGUAUAAACAAUUGCUCAACAGUGUUAUUCUGCGUUGCGACCGAACGAAAUGUCUUCUACCGCGAAAGAUUUGCUCGAAUGUACACCUCGUGGGCGUAUUCCCUUGCUCAGGUGUUGGUUGAAAUUCCGUAUUCAUUAUUCCAAUCUAUCAUAUGUGUGAUAAUCGUAUAUCCUAUGGUUGGCUUUCACUGGUCGUUCUACAAAGUGUUUUGGAGCUUCUACUCAGUCUUCUGCUCGUUGCUCAUCUUCAACUAUUUCGGCAUGCUUUUAGUCGUCGUGACACCAAACAUUCACGUUGCGUUUACUCUCCGUUCAUCUUUUUACUCAAUCGUCAAUCUCUUUGCCGGUUAUGUCAUGCCAAAACCUAACAUUCCGAAAUGGUGGAUUUGGAUGUAUUACUUGAGUCCCACGUCAUGGGUUUUGAAUGGAUUGCUCACAUCGCAGUAUGGAGAUAUGGAGAAAGAGAUAACAGCUUUUGGUGAGAAGAAGAAAGUUUCAGCUUUCUUGGAAGAUUAUUUUGGUUACAGAUACGACUCUUUAGCUCUUGUAGCUGUUGUUCUCGUUGCUUUCCCCAUUCUCUUGGCAUCUCUUUUCGCAUUCUUUAUUGGCAAACUCAAUUUCCAAAGGAAGUGA